UGACUUGUAGCUGACCAUUCGCCGUCAUUUAAAGAAAGUUUAGCACCAUAUUGAAUUUUGUUCCCUGUAGCAGCAUAUUGAAAUUUGUUUCCUGUAGCAGGAUAUAGUAUUUUUUUCCCGAUUCUCUUAACAUCUAUUAUUUUCACUUGUUUUUGUAAUACCAGUGAAGAGAGGCGGCCUGGACGGUGUAGAUCCGUGGCAAGAUGGUUGUCUUUACUCAGUUAGGAUUACUGCUGUGGAAGAACUUCACUUACCGACGGAGACAGACUAUUCAGCUGCUGAUCGAGAUAAUAUGGCCCCUCUUUAUCUUCUUCAUCCUGAUAUCUGUCAGACUUCACUAUCCUCCACAUGAACAACAUGAAUGCCACUUUCCAAAUAAGGCCAUGCCCUCCGCAGGAACGUUACCCUGGAUGCAGGGUAUCGUCUGCAAUGCUAACAACCCUUGCUUUCGCCAUCCCACUCCUGGAGAGACCCCUGGGAUGGUGGGAAACUUCAACGACUCCAUUAUCUCUCGACUGUUCACCGACGCCAAGAAAAUUCUCCUCUACAGUCAACAAGACAAGAGCUUUGAGGGAUUCAAAGGACUGGUUAGGGCCUUGAGAAAACUGCAGAGAAAUACUGAAGGUUUCAAACUGAAGGACUUUCUGCGUGAUAAUGAAACCUUGUCUGUGUUUCUCGAGAAAAAUGCGUCUCUGUCAGAGCAUGCAGUGAAAGAGAUAGUGGAGGCCAACGUCAACUUGGAGAAGGUUCUUAUUAGAGGUUUUGGAGUUCACCUCAGCGACCUUUGCAAUUCUACGUCCUUGGAGGAUUUUGUGAACAUAGCUGAUAAGGAUGUGUCCCAGCUGACACAAAACAUCAUCUGUCAAUCGUCUACUGAAUGGUUAAACAAUGCAGAGACCCACUUCCUGUCCAACCUCGACUUCCUGAAGCCAAUACGGAAAGAUGUAAAGUCUGACCCAAAGAUUAUCCAAGAUGUGUCCAUGGCAACAGACAGCCUGCUGGACAGCUUGGGAGCAUUAGCCGUGGAGCUUGCGAGUAUGAAGAGCUGGCGAGACAUGCGAGCAGAGAUCCUCUACCUGACAGGAAACAGCACACAAUCCCCCAACCACAUGUACCAGGCCGUGUCUCGCAUCGUGUGCGGUCACCCGGAAGGAGGCGGCCUCAAGAUAAAGUCCCUCAACUGGUACGAGGAUCACAACUAUAAUGCGCUGUUCGGUAACCACGGCAACGACAGCGAUGAAGAAUCUGCGUCCACUUACGACAACUCCUCCACUCCCUACUGUAACAGCCUUAUGACGGGUUUGGAGUCCAGUCCCAUUUCUCGCAUGAUCUGGAGGGCUCUGAAACCAUUGCUUAUGGGAAAGAUCUUGUACACACCAGAUACACCUGCCACCCAGAGGAUCAUACAUGAGGUUAACAAGACAUUUCAAGAGUUCGGAGUGCUCAGAGAUCUUGGUGGCAUGUGGGAGGAGAUAAGACCGAAAAUCUUCAACUUUAUGGAGAACAGCGAGGAAAUGGACCUGGUUAGGACACUACUGCAGAACAACGCCAGCGCCCGUUUCUUCAAUGCCAAACUGGUCGGGACAGACUGGCGCGUGGAGGAUGUGUCCAGGUUCCUGUCCAAGGCCUCGGAAGACUCACGCCCCUCUGGAACAUCAUACACGUGGAGAGAGGUCUUCGACGAGACCGAUCAGGCCAUACAAACCAUCUCUCGAUUUAUGGAGUGUGUAAACCUGGAUAAACUGGAGCCGGUGGCCAAUGAAGAACGCUUGGUAAAUAAAUCCAUGCGUCUGUUGGACAACCGCAAGUUCUGGGCUGGAAUCGUGUUUCCUGAUAUGCAGUUGAACACAUCUGAACUGCCGCCAAACGUCAACUACAAGAUACGAAUGGACAUUGAUAAUGUGGAGCGCACCAACAAGAUCAAAGACGGAUACUGGGACCCUGGUCCUCGUGCUGACCCGUUUGAAGAUUUGCGCUACAUCUGGGGCGGAUUCUCCUACCUGCAGGAUGUUAUUGAGCACGGAAUCAUCAGAGCGCUGACGGGCAGCAAAGAGAAAACUGGAGUUUACAUUCAACAGAUGCCUUAUCCCUGCUAUGUGGACGACAUGUUCCUGCAGGUCAUGAGUCGCUCAAUGCCUCUGUUCAUGACUUUAGCCUGGAUGUACUCGGUAGCGAUCAUCAUCAAAGGUGUUGUUUACGAGAAAGAAGCACGUCUGAAAGAGACCAUGAGGAUUAUGGGUCUAGAUAAUGGAAUCUUGUGGCUGAGCUGGUUUAUAAGUAGUCUGAUACCCUUGCUCAUCAGCGCCGCUCUACUGGUAGUCAUCCUAAAGAUGGGCAAUCUACUGCCUUACAGUGACCCUGGCGUAGUUUACUUGUUCCUGACUUCCUUCGCUAUUGUGACCAUCAUGCAGUGUUUCCUCAUCAGCACGCUUUUCUCUCGCGCUAACCUCGCGGCAGCCUGCGGAGGCAUCAUAUACUUCACCCUCUACCUGCCCUAUGUGCUGUGCGUGGCCUGGCAGGAUUACGUGGGCUUUGGGGCUAAAGUGGUUGUGAGCCUCCUGUCCCCCGUUGCGUUUGGCUAUGGGUGUGAGUACUUCGCUCUCUUCGAGGAACAGGGUGUAGGCAUACAGUGGAGUAACCUGCUCUCCAGCCCCCUGGAGGAAGACAACUACAGUCUCACCACAUCCAUCUCUCUCAUGCUGUUUGACGCUGUGCUGUACGGCAUCAUGACCUGGUACAUUGAAGCCGUGUUCCCGGGCCAGUAUGGCAUCCCACGUCCGUGGUACUUCCCAUUCACAAAGUCAUACUGGUGUGGGGAGAAGUGUGGCUGGACGACAACAGUAUCCAACAACAAGAAAGAAAAUGCUGAAGCCAAAUGUAUUGAAGAAGAGCCAUCUCACCUGGUUCCUGGUGUUUACAUCGAGAACCUAGGGAAGAUCUAUAGUAACGGGAAACUGGCGGUGGAUGAUUUGACUCUGGGCUUUUAUGAAGGCCAGAUCACCUCCUUCCUGGGUCACAACGGUGCUGGAAAAACCACAACCAUGUCUAUUCUCACUGGUCUGUUCCCACCCACCUCGGGCACAGCUUACAUAAUGGGCAAAGACAUCCGCUCCGAUCUAAACACUAUACGGCAAAACCUGGGCGUGUGUCCACAGCAUAACGUCCUGUUUAGCAUGCUCACCAUAGAGGAACACAUCUGGUUCUAUGCUCGCCUGAAGGGUUUGCCUGAGGAGAAAGUAAAAGCAGAGAUGGAGCAGAUUGUGAAUGAUCUUGGCCUGCCUCAUAAGCGCAAGUGUCGCACCAGUCAGCUGUCAGGUGGAAUGCAGAGAAAGCUAUCCGUCGCUCUGGCAUUUGUUGGAGGUUCAAAGGUCGUGAUUCUAGACGAACCCACCGCUGGAGUGGAUCCUUAUUCUCGCCGAGGCAUCUGGGACCUUCUGCUAAAAUAUCGUCAAGGUCGCACGAUCAUCCUCUCAACUCACCACAUGGACGAAGCUGAUAUCCUGGGAGAUCGCAUUGCCAUCAUCUCUCAUGGAAAGCUCUGCUGUGUGGGUUCCUCGCUAUUCCUCAAGACCCAGCUGGGUACGGGAUACUACUUGACGCUGGUGAAGAAAGACUUUGAUCUCUCCGCAAGCUCUUGCCGAACAUCCAGCAGCACAGUGGCUUAUUUCAAAGGAAGCCUUAAGAAGGAGGACGAAGUGUCUGAGAGCAGUUCUGAUGCCGGACUGGGCAGUGACCAUGAAAGUGAAACAACCACAAUAGAUAUCUCCCUGAUCUCCAACGUGAUUUUCAAGCACGUUCCCACAGCCAGAAUGGUUGAAGAUCUGGGUCAUGAGAUCACUUACGUUCUGCCCUACAAGUACGCUAAAGCCGGAGGGUUUGUGGAGCUUUUCCACGAGAUCGACGAUCGACUCACCGACCUCGGCAUUUCAAGCUACGGCAUCUCUGAUACAACUCUGGAAGAGAUUUUCCUCAAAGUCGCGGAGGACAACGGAGUGGAUGCUGAAAUGUCAGAUGGAAUUCUACCCACACGGAGAAACCGUCGACAUGCUUUUGGUGACCAUCAGAGCUGUCUGAAGCCCUUCACUGAAGACGAAUUUGACUGCAAUGACUCAGAAGAAUCGCGUGAGACAGACUGGUUGGGCGGGUCUGAUGGUAAAGGCUCGUACCAGGUGAAAGGCUGGAGUCUGAAGAGACAACAGUUUGUGGCUUUGCUCUGGAAGCGCUUCCUCUACGCCCGACGUUCCCGCAAAGGUUUCUUUGCUCAGAUUGUUCUGCCUGCUGUUUUCGUUUGCAUUGCCCUGGUCUUCAGUCUCAUUGUUCCUCCAUUUGGAAAGUACCCAAGCCUUGCUCUGAAACCCAGCAUGUAUGAUGAGCAGUUCACCUUUAUCAGCAAUGAUGCACCUGAAGACGGACAUACGAACAGGUUACUUGAAGCACUGAUGGACAAUACGGCUCACAAUGAAAAAUGCUCAGACGAGCAGAAAUCAACUAGCAAGUCAUGUUUGGCUGGGGAUGCAGAAUGGAUGACUGCAGAGGUUCCAGAAAGCGUUCAGGAUAUGUUUCUGGAGGGAAACUGGAGCAUGGAAAACCCGUCACCUUUUUGUGAGUGUAGCUGCGAAGGACGGAAAAGGAUGCUUCCGGAAUGUCCGCCAGGAGCAGGUGGUCUGCCCCCACCACAGAUUCAAGUCACCAGUUCUGAAACCUUACAGAAUCUGACAGGCAGAAAUAUUUCUGAUUACUUGGUGAAAACGUACGCUCAGAUUAUCGGCAAAAGCUUGAAGAACAAACUCUGGGUCAACGAAUUCAGGUAUGGUGGAUUCUCAUUGGGUGCUAGAAGCUCACAGGCCCUCCCGCCUGGUGAUGAGAUCAACGAUGCCAUCACUCACAUUCGUAAUCGCUUCAGUUUUAAAACGGGCGCUGCAGCUGAUCGCUUUCUGAAAGGCCUGUCGACAUUUAUCCGAGGACUUGACACAAAGAACAACGUAAAGAUCUGGUUCAAUAACAAGGGCUGGCACAGCAUCGGAGCGUUCCUCAACGUCAUGAACAAUGCCGUCCUGCGCUCUAAUCUCCCCGCUGGCCCCGAGCGCUCCAAGUUCAGCAUCAAUGCGUUCAACCACCCGCUCAAUCUGACCAAAGAGCAGCUCUCGCAGGUGGCCCUAAUGACAACUUCAGUUGAUGUUUUGGUGUCCAUCUGCGUCAUCUUCGCCAUGUCCUUCGUGCCAGCCAGUUUUGUGGUGUUUCUCAUUCAGGAGAGAGUGAAUAAAGCAAAACACAUGCAGUUUAUCAGCGGAGUGCAGCCUUUGCUCUACUGGCUGGCCAACUUUGUCUGGGAUAUGUGCAACUACAUUGUCCCAGCAACUUUGGUCAUCAUCAUCUUCGUCUGUUUCCAGCAGGAGGCUUACGUGUCCUCCACCAACCUCCCUGUUCUCGCUCUACUGCUGUUGCUCUAUGGGUGGUCCAUAACACCCCUGAUGUACCCAGCAUCAUUCUUCUUUAAGAUCCCCAGCACGGCAUAUGUGGUUUUGACAAGCAUCAACAUCCUUAUUGGGAUAAACGGUAGCGUGUCCACGUUUGUCCUGGAGCUGUUUGGCGGCAAUGAGAUUGGCGGCAUCAACAACAUCUUGAAGAAUGUGUUCUUGAUCUUCCCUCACUUCUGUCUGGGUAGAGGUCUCAUUGACAUGGUGAAGAAUCAAGCCAUGGCUGAUGCUCUGGAGAGAUUCGGCGAGAAUCGGUUCCGUUCUCCUCUGGCGUGGGACAUGGUGGGCAAGAAUCUCUUUGCCAUGGCUGUAGAAGGCGUGGUUUUCUUCUGUAUCACCGUCCUCAUCCAAUACCGUUUCUGCAUCAAGGCCAGGUCACUUAGCUCUAAGCAGCCGCCAAUAGGAGAGGAGGAUGAAGAUGUGGCCAGAGAGAGGCAAAGGAUUCUGGGAGGAGGCGGACAGACUGAUAUCCUCGAGAUCAAGCAGCUCACAAAGGUGUAUAAGAGGAAACAGAAACCAGCUGUAGACAGACUGUGUGUGGGCAUCCCACCAGGAGAGUGUUUUGGUUUGCUUGGUGUGAACGGAGCUGGAAAGACGAGCACAUUCAAGAUGCUCACAGGAGAUACUGUAAUCACUAGCGGAGAGGCCUACUUGGCUGGCAAGAGCGUGUUAACAGAAAUCAAUGAAGUCCAUCAGAAAAUGGGAUACUGUCCACAGUUUGAUGCCAUCAAUGACCUGCUAACCGGCCGAGAACAUCUGGAGUUUUACGCCAUUCUGAGGGGCAUCCCGGAGAAAGAAGUGUGCGAGGUGGCAGACUGGGGUAUUCGUAAACUGGGGCUAACGAAAUAUGUCGACAGAGCAGCGGGAAGCUAUAGUGGAGGAAACAUGAGAAAACUCUCCACCGCUAUGGCGCUCAUUGGAGGCCCACCUGUAGUUUUCCUGGACGAACCCACCACUGGGAUGGACCCCAAAGCCCGACGGGCGCUGUGGAACUGCAUCCUCAGCAUCAUUAAAGAGGGACGUUCAGUUGUCCUGACAUCACACAGUAUGGAGGAGUGUGAAGCUCUCUGCACUCGUAUGGCCAUUAUGGUCAACGGCAGGUUCCGCUGUCUGGGCAGCGUGCAGCACUUAAAGAACAGGUUUGGUGACGGGUACACCAUCAUCCUGCGGGUGGCUGGUUCCGAUCCGCAGCUGGAGCCGGUGAUGGAGUUUAUUGAGAGGAAGCUGCCGGGCAGCACCCUGAAGGAAAAACACAGAAACAUGCUGCAGUACCAGCUGCCGUCCUCCCUUACCUCCCUCGCCCGCAUCUUCAGCAUUCUCUCUAAGAACAAAGAGCAGCUCCACAUCGAGGACUACUCCGUCUCACAGACCACCUUAGACCAAGUGUUUGUUAAUUUUGCCAAGGACCAAAGUGACGAGGACCACCUUAAAGACAUUUCUGUUAACAAAGGCGAUGCCGUGGUGGACAUUUCCCCCCUGAAGGCUUUCCUCAUAGACGAGAAGGCCAUAGAGACUGUCGUGUGAUCCACUGCGACCUCCAUUCAUGGGAUAAAAAAUCCUUCUUUCUCGGACUAGCGUGGUUUUUUUGUACAAAAAAAUUGUUCAUUUCAGGUGAGUGUGUGCCCGCACGAGGGCGACGGACCUUAAACACACUACUGACAGAUACCAAUGCAAAGCAAUGCAAAAAGAAGAAUCGAAAAUCGAGUCAAAUAUACUGAGGACGCUGAGCCUGGCGCUCACCGCUGCGUCUCAGUGUUCGUGAGGGUGAAACUUGAAGCCGUUCGCUCCACUGGCGUUGAACUUUCGAUUGAUGAGACCAUUCGAAAAUAUCAACCAGACACUGCCAAUCCAGAUGGUUAAAUCAGGGCCGACGUUCAUCUCUUCCUUUAGCGAUGGCUUUAAACUUUCGUUCAUGUCGCCUUUCAGCGGCAUUUGUACUUUAUUUUCAGAUAUACAUUUAAAUCUUAUAAUCAGAUGAUAUUUUCCAGAUGUGCAAUGUUUCAUUAUUGUGUUUGAAAGUGUUGUGCCUUGAAUCAACACUCCAGACUAAAAACGAUGCCAGCCAUUACUGUCUGCGAAGCGAUGCCAAAAGCUAUUUUACCUGAACAGAUGGCUGUUCCUCAAGCACACAGUGUCCUCUGAAUGGCGGUAUUUACAUCUACUGUGCUAGCUAGUUUUUUACAUAGUGAAUUUGGAAGUUUAUUGCAUGCUUUACAUGGAUUCCGUGUGUAGGAUACCAAUGUGAGCUAAAGCAUGUGUUCUGUCCAGUUCCAAGAGCCAUUACAGCUUUAUCAUUCUGAAGUAUUUCAAUGUGAGUAUAAACAGGUGGUCGCUGUUCAAUUUGUGAACUCAUGAUAAGAGGGUUUAAUGGGAUUUCACUUGGAGAUUCAUGGUUGUUUCAUAAAUGUAUUCAGAUGUAAACCAAGAAACAAAACCUGCAGGAGAGGUACUGUACAGAAACAAAAUGUCUGUGCCAUCUUUUUAUAGAAAAUACAUUCAUGGGACUAGUAAGUACACGAGUUAAUAACUCAGGAUGUGCCUCCUGAUUCUGUUAAAGCAUAGAUUGAAUUGUUGUUUUAUUUAAACUACACAACCACUUUUUUCACGGCCAUUUUGACUCAACAUGGCACCUUUAUUAUCCGUGAAGUGACCAAAAGCAACGAGGUGCUACAUACUGAUUUUUUUCAAAUCCAUGAGGUGCUUUUUAGACAAACACCCCCCAAAAAUCAAGCAAAAAUACCUGCUGCACAUCAGAUGACUUGGAAGAGACAAUCGUAUUGUCUUUGGUCCAAAACUGAAGCACUUUAUAAUAUUCAAUGGUCUUGACAUACAAACUUUGAAAAGACAAUUAUGUGUUUUACAAAAGAUUGCUAGACAUUAAUAUUACAUGUCCCACCAUGGCCAUUAUUUUCUGUGUUACAAUGUAUGUGUUUACAUUUUAAAUAUUAAAAACGUUAUUUCUGUCAA